CUGGCCGUUAGCUGUAUGUACCGGAGUAGAGUACGGAGGUAGGCCGGUUGUCUUGCCAGAAGACCUCGUUAUAGAAUGCCUGCUCACGUAUAGUCUGAGUUUCCUACCUUCAUGUUCUCAGAAUCUCACUUGAAGAUCUGUGAUAUGCGACACACAGACACUGCAAGAGGCAGGGCAUGGUUUCUAUUCAUUUUCAAAGUUUUUGGGUGGAACGAUGUCUGUCUGUCCUACGUUGGUAAUCUGUUUGGUGGCCUUCAGGGAUGCAGCGUACCUGCAAUGUUAACUUAGGGAACUUUAAGUUAAAAAAAAAGGUACUUUAG